AUGGGCUGCCGUCCAUCUCUUGGAAAAGCUAAAAUUAUGAGGAAAUCACAGGCUAAUGUCUUUGCCAAAGUAUGUCCACAAGAGGAGUUUAUAAAUUGUGGAGUUAUAUAUACAACGGUUAUACAUUCAAGUACAAAAGAAAGUCCACCAGAAGAUGCGAGGCAUUCUACGGAAGAUGUGAGUCAGAAUUCUAGAGUAUCGUCACUCCAUUCCCGAACGAGGAAUAAAACCGCAUAUUGUUCUCGAAAUUCAGAGGCUGAUUUAAGGUCAGAUGAAAUGUAA